AUGGGUGGCGGAGAGAGUUACAACAUUCCAGUCCCCCAAUCUAGAAAUGUUACUAAGAACCAACAACAGCUUAAUAGACAGAAGCCUAAGGAGCAGAAUUCUGAGAUGAAAAUUGUGCAUAAGAAAAAAGAAAGAGGACAUAGUUGUAAUUCAUCAGCAGUUGCACAGCAUGCCAUGCAAAAUGAAGGGAAGAACGAAGUACAUUUUCCAAAUAAUCAAAAUUGGAACUCUAGCCCCAGUUUACUUUUUAAGGCCCCAACGAAUCAGAACUAUGCUGGAGCCAAAUUUAGUGAGCCACCAUCACCAAGUGUUCUUCCUAAACCACCAAGUCAUUGGGUUCCUGUUUCUUUUAAUCCUUCUGAUAAAGAAAUGAUGACAUUUCAACUUAAAACCUUACUUAAAGUACAAGUGUAA